AUGGGGCAUAUGCGAGCUUCCAGUUUUCUCGCCUCAGGUUGCAUGAAUAAUUCAAUCUCGGAGCUUUGUGUUUUAAAGUGCUUUGAUGUUCCUUGUAAGCUAAGACGAGCUCCUCGAAUUAUAGAAGUGAAUUGGAUUCCUCCUCUUUUUGACUGCAUCAAGAUUAAUACUGACGGGGCUUUCAAUUAUGACUCAGGCAAGGCUGGUUUUGGGGGAGUUUUCCGAAAUUUCAAGGGUGAGUUUAUUGGUGCUUUUGCUUGUAAUUUGCACAUCCCUUGUUCGGUGGACGCAGAGGUUAUGGUUGUUAUUAAGGCUAUUGAAUUAGCUUGGAUUCGGGAAUGGAAGCAUAUUUGGCUUGAGGUUGAUUUCGCCAUUGUUCUUAACUUCAUCCAUUCCCCUCAUCUUGUUCCAUGGAGAUUUCGUGUUGUUUGGGAUAAUUGCAUGUAUCGUGUCUCACAAAUGCAAUUUCGGUGUUCUCAUAUAUUCAGAGAAGGGAAUCAGGUAGCAUAUGCACUAGCAAACUUCGGUUUAUCUUCUUCAGGCUUGGUUUAUUGGGACUCAAUCCCCCAAUUCUUUAUGAAUCUAUACCUUCAGGAUCAACUCGGUUUACCUCAUUUUCGCUUUCUUCACUGA